GAUUCGAUUUCUAUUCGUUUUUGACAUUAUUAACUUAGGAGAAUCGGGCCCCAGAAUGCCCGUUAAGAUUAAAUCUGCUAUUGCGAUUCAAUUUUGACAUUAUUAACUUAGCAGAUUCGGGCUCCAGAACAACAGAGUCUUUCUAAUUACUAACUUGUAAUAUUGGGCUACUCUGCAUGUGGCUCUACCUACACACCCACUUGUAACUCUGCGCACCGGAGGGGCCUCGGCUCGCAGCACCCCUUGGACUUAGCGAACGCAAACCUACGAACAUCGUUAACUUAGGUUUCUUUCCUUUUGGUGCAGCAUUAUCGUAGUCCGCUUCAACUAUGCUCCAAUGUGACUGGACCCUAGUGACUGCCUCUGACAAUAUCUUGAACUGAACUCUGGGUAAUUAAACAGAGUCUGAAGGUAAUUAAACAGAUCUGCAGUGGAAUACCUACAUAUAAUAAAAUUUAAACAACUCUUUUGACAUGAAAAUUUAUUAAACAGAAAACACCUUCAUUGCCCAAGGAGACUGAAUCAACAAUGGCGCCAGGAUUAAUGCAAUACUUAUUAGUUUUAAUUGUAUUCGUCGCUAUGAUAGCACCAUGCAUCAGUGCGCAGCCACCAACAGCAGACGAGGUGAUUGAAAAGGAUCGAACAGCCAGACAGGCUGCUGUAAGAGCUGGUAGGCACAUCGCUGUAGCUCCAAAAAGGGGAUUUUUUGGGACAAUAUUUCAUGUUAUAUUAGAGCAAAUCAACGAUACGAAAAGCGCCUACAAUCAAAUAUCUGAAUUGGUAAAUAAUCAAUUUGCAGAUGAAAACGCCGUGACAUCACCCCCGGACCCAUCGUUGAAUGGAACCACAGAGACACCAAAAAUAACUAGAGCGGAGUUCUUAAAAAUACUUGACCGUAAUCUAAAAGGACUGAAUCGACUACGUAAUUUAGAAUGGCGGGAAGCGAAGAAGGAUUCUGCAGCGAAUAUUAGAUUAUAUAAAGAAGAAUUAUUUAAAGGAAAGAAAACUGGCAGCGCAAGAUAGCAAUAUACCUAUAAAGUAAAUACCUAAACGCCUAAUCACAUACUUGCAUUUGGCGUUUUAUGGGUGAAACCCGUAAAUCGGUCAGCGUGUAACGUUAUAUGCGCGAAACCUCACGACACCCAAAGCUAUUUUUAAUUAAAUUGACCAAAUACUGGGAGUUGAAUCCGUUUAAAGUGACAAGGAAGGUACUUUACAAAAACGUCAUACCUACUAAGUGGACGUCAUACAAAGCAUUUCGUAGAAAUUAAAAAAUCGCCUCAUUUUGUCCGUAGGAAUCUACAAAUUUAUUUAACUAGACAAAAACAUAAGAGAGAUAAAAUAUAAAAAUAUGCAAUAAGUACACACAUCUGUAGGUUUUUUUUUAGUCGUCGGAUAUGGCAUGGCUCUCCCGAUAAUUAUUUUUGAAUGUAGGAUGCAGGUCAAAGUCCCAAUAAUGACAUGUCACUGUAGGCGAAUUCAUUAGGUAUAUCCGACUUUUUAUAAAGAAAGAAUUUUAUAUGAAAACCAAACUUCAUAUAAGCGGAGUCAUAAUAAACGGAUUCUACUGUACAUAUUGGGCAAUAUUUUUAUAAAGAUUUUUUGAAAAAUGUAACCUAUAAUUGAUUCUGCUCAUUGUACCCACCUUACUGAUAUUUCCAGGUUUUGUGCAUUUAACGUUAGACUUUGUAAGUACCUAAAAUUUUAUUAAUUAGAAGGGUUAGACAAAUCAAACUUUUUUUUUUGAUAAUAAAAUUUAUAUAAAUUAGGUAUAUAUAUUAGGUACCAUACAAGUUUGGUAACUAUGGUUGUUAUUACAAUUGUGACGAUGUAGCGAUGUCGAACGUAUAUAUUAUAAAAAAGAUACAUAAUUAUUGGGUAUGGAUGAGAUCUGGAAAAAGUUGUCAAAAGUGUAAACUUUAAUCUAUUUUUUCUGCUCAAAUGGGAUAACUGUGGACUUAAUUCAAAGCUUCUGAUAAAUUUAUUAUUUGGCUUGUGCAUUGCAGUGACAAAUAGUCAGGAUUUUUACGGCAACCUAGCAUUUCUAUGUUCUGCAGGCUCCAUACUUCCGUUCAACAGAUAUUUACAAAAGUUAACGUA